AUGCCUCAUGAUGAGGCAAAGUUAGAGUGUACUUUUGAUAUUAAUGCUGACGGUAUUCUAAAGGUGACAACUAAAGAUAAAGCAACUGGUCAUAAAGCAAAUAUUACUAUUUCAAAUUCUGCGGGUAGAUUAUCAACAACUGGAAUCAAACAUAUGAUUGCUGAAUCUAAGAAACUCAAAGAAGAAGAUAAACAAAGUCAAGUACGUGUUGAAGCUAAACAAGAACUUGAUAAUUAUGUUUACCAGUGUGAAAUUUACAAAUUUUCUGAUCGAUCUAAUGAUCAUCCAAAAAAAUCUAGAUGUGUGUUUUUUAGACUGCACCCACAGUUGAACUUAUACCAUGAACCAAUUCAAACUCAACGUGAAGAAUUUAUACAUUCCCUCUCCAAAUCAUCGCCACCAUUUACCAUUUUAAAACCACAUUUGAAUUACAAACAUUUCGUAUCUUCUAAAGUUGAAAUUUCACAAAACAUAAUAAACCGUAAUUUGAAAGAUGUAAAUAUUAAUUUGGUGGUUGAUCUCUAUGAAAAAUCUUGUAGACUAACGACUGAUUUAAACUCGCUUAAAUCAAAGCGUAAUGAAGUUUCAAAAUUGGCAAAAUCAUCAACUCAACAAGAACGUGAAAAUAUUUUACAACAAGGAAGAAUGAUAAAAUCACAAAUUUUAGAAAAAGAGGCAUUAUUAUCAACUUUGGAGGAGGAAUUGAUGAGAGAAGCAUUGAAAAUCCCCAAUGACACACAUUCAGAUGUGCCUAUUGAUCAUAUAGAAUUGGGUAAUGAAUUGGAUAUUAUUGAUUUUGAGACAGGAUCUAAUGUUACAGGAAACCAUUGGUAUUAUUUAAAGAAUUCAGGGGUAUUGUUGGAAUUUGCUUUGAUACAAUUUGCUUUACAAAAAGCGAUUGAAAAAGGGUACAUGCCUAUUAUUACACCUGAUGUUGUAAGAAAAGAUUUUAGUUAUGCCUGUGGAUUUCAACCACGAGAAAAUGAAUCUUCACAAAACUAUUUUUUAUCAACAGGCGAAGAAAACAUUUCAACAAGUAACAAUAAUAAUAAUAGUGGUGGUAGCAGUAGUAAACAUCACAAUCAAUUAAUGCUAGCAGCUACAGCUGAAAUACCAUUAGCAGGGAUUUAUUCCGAUAAAAUAUUAUUUUCAAAACAAUUACCAAAAAAAUUUGUAGGAUUUUGCCAUUCUUUUAGGUCAGAAUCAGGUUCAAGAGGUAAAGAAACAAAAGGAUUAUACAGGGUGCAUCAAUUUAGUAAAUUGGAAUUAUUUAUAUUUUCAAAACCUGAAGAAAGCGAGGAGAUGUUUCAGGAAAUUGUUGAUUUGCAAUCAAGUAUUUAUAAAGAUUUAGGAUUACCAUUUAGAAUCUUGGAUAUGCCAACAUUUGAACUUGGAGCUAGUGCUUAUAGGAAAUAUGAUAUAGAAACAUGGAUGCCAGGUAGAUGUAAAUGGGGAGAGGUUUCAUCAGCAUCCAAUUGCACAGAUUAUCAAUCGCGUAGGCUAAAUAUAAGAAUGAAACGUUCUAUGUUAGCGUCAACAGAAUUUGUACAUACAUUGAAUGGAACAGCAAUUGCAAUACCGAGGAUGAUUAUUUCAAUUAUUGAGAAUUUUCAAACAAAUGAUGGAAAAGUUGUUAUACCUAAAGUGUUGAGAAAAUGGAUGUAUGAUAUGGAGGUUAUUGAUAAAAAAUCUUGA